GACGUCACAACAUUGGGGUUUUAUUUUGCUCUUUUAAACUUUUUAUAUUACAAACAAACAAUUUAAUAGCUUUCGAUUCGGGCCAAAUGUCAAGCGAACUGGAAAACACGACAAAUUCAGAGGCGCUGGUCGUCGAUACCAAGUUUGAUACAAAGGGCGAACUACCUACGGCAGCAGCUUCUGGUGCUGCAAUUCCACAGCCCAGCGACAGCUCCUCAGCGCCUACUUCUCCCACUUCACCCAGAGUUGCAGAGGCCAAUACCAACGAGACCAGCGCAGCAAACAACACAUCCGAAGUAGCACAAAAGGAGGCAGAGGAGCAGCAGCAAAAGAACGCCGAGCGCGACCGAGAAAUAGUCGAAGAGUUUGACAAAUACUGGAUGCCGCAGUUCCAGCGCACAUUUGAGGUGUACACACGCCUUUGGAAGUUCCAGAACCAGCACCGGCGCUGGGAGGUGGGCGAGAUGGCAUCUAAAAUUGGGCAGCUGUACUACCGCUACUACCUGCGGACGAGUGACACUAACAACCUGCAUGAGGCGUAUGUGUUUUAUGAAGCUAUCCGCGAGCGCAACUACUUCAAGGGCGAGCAGGAGACGAAGAACUCGGCGUUGAUGAUCAAGAAACUGCGUUAUUAUGCUCGGUUCAUCGUGGUCUGCCUGCAGAUGAACAACGUGGCGAUGAUGCUACAGCUAUUGGAGGAGGUGCGCGGGCUUAUUGAUUUGUACGCGACGACGUUCAAUCCCGUUGAUAAGAUGGAGUGGUCGCUGGUGGUUAAGGAGAUGGCGCUGUUUAUGCAGGCUGUCUGCGGACCGCUGCCGACCGAUGAGGGCGGUGCCUCUCUGCCGGUGAGCUACCGGCUGUCGGCGCGGAGACGGCCCAAGGUGGACAGGGACGGGCCGCGCGUCCGCCUGCAGGAGGCGUUAUCGUGGGCAAUCAUCAAGUUUUCCGAGCUCACGCUCGACAUAGCCGAAGUUGCGCCUGCAGCAACGGACGAGGGUUCUGCUGUCGCUGAUUCCACUGCAGUUUCACCAGAGGCUGCCGGCGUCAUGACUGCUGAUGCCGAGAAGAAGCUGGAGGGUGCAGCACAGGCCGGCGAUGCAGAAAAGGAAAAAGAAAGGGCCGACAUUGCUGGAGACAAGGACUCGGAGCGCGACAAGAUAGCUGUGGGGCGGCGCAACAACCCGCACAAGUACGUUCUGUACCAGCCGCACUUUAGCCAAAUACAAGUGUACCUGGCCAAUGCAUUCCGCGAGAUUGGCGAGCAGGGCUGCGUGCUGCUGUACCUGUCCUCAGAGGGCAGCAGCGCUAAGCCCGCGACAGAGAUAUCUACAGCGGCGGCAUUAUCGCACGGGUUCAUUGGUGGUAUUUCAACCACCAGGCGGAGCACAGGCGAGACCAAGGAUCGAGGCAUCGAACAGCUCGUGCAUACGGUGCAUCCCGCCGACCUCCUCCCCUACACGCGCAAGCCGUUCUUCCUGAUUGUUGAGAGCGAGAGCUCGGGGGCGUACUUGAACAUGCCCAAUCUUUUCAACCAGCCGCUCCUCUGCCUGCUCUCGCCGACAGCGUACCCGGUGUCGAGCAGCUCUGGAAGCAUAUACACGUUCUUCUUGCACUCACCGGUGAUUGCAUUCUGUAUUAUAUCACAGGUGACCAUGAUGACGGGGGCAAAAUGGUCCGAGGUGCAGCGGAUGUUUGAUGCGCUGGAGGACCGGGUGUUUGAGCUCCUUCUGGCGAAAGUCACGGAUGCUAGAGUGCGUAAGUUCUUGGGGGACGAUUUCUUGCGGCAGAUGGUCGCGCGUCAUGUCAUUUGCUGCGUGACGCUGGGGCUGCAUGUGGAGUUUAGCCGGCCGGAGCAUUUGCCCAAGGCGGAGCCGGAGAGGUUUGAGGCUGUGGUCGAGGACAGCGAGGUGAUAGGAUUGGUGCGGGAGAUUGUGGCUGCGUGUGGGGUGGAGGCACUUUACAGCAUGGCUGAGAAAGUGCAGUCGAGGUCGCCCAGCCCGGCGCCAUCUGUGGCAUCUGCGGUAUCACCCACUGUGCCUGAAGCUGCGGAUGCCGAGACCGCGGUCUCUGGCUUGGUAUCCGAAGAGCCGUCCUCGCCGCAAUGAGAGUGACGUUUCUUUUAUUUGAAGUUUUGGUUUUCAGUGAUUGGCUGUGAUUGUGAUUUUUGAUUGUAAUCAGCGAUUUUCACCACUUUGUGAACGGAAAUAAAAAUUAAGCUUUUGCGCAUGCGUCGUCAUUUUUUUGUUCUCGUAAUUAAAAAAGUUGAAUCCAUCCUAGCCCACUUUGGAAUCGCAUCCAUUGCAGCUCAUGCACUUUGGCUUGUUGGCUUGGGGAGGAGGAUAAUAGUGGAUAAAAAGAAUGCUGAGUGGAAUAACUUUGCAAUAUUGGUAUUAAAAUCCCCAAACUUGCCCUCAUUAAUAUUGCUCACGCGCUUGCU